GACGCUCUUAGUGCCGAGAAUGUACGCCGCGCGUGUACGACCUCGAGAACGCAGCGUGCAUACCGCAGCUAUCGCCACGGGAUAGCUGCGUGGAUCCGCGAGUCUAAGGCCGAUGCAGACCGGUAUUUCGAGCCUGGUGGCGAAAUUGACAUCUCCAUGUUCACUCCCAAAGAUUUCGAGGCGUUUUUGCUAGCUACGAUGAAUGCCACUGAGAAGAAGCUGAAGGUGACCACACUCAGUGGUUAUAGGAGCGCAGUCAAGGACAUUUACCGACAGAAGAAGCUUCCUCUCCCUGCUGCGUACAUGGACGAUAUGAAGACUUUUUUCGCUGGGCUCAAGCGCAUCGAGGCGGAGCGCAACCAAGGAAGUGCCGGCGAGGCAAAAAUGGCGGGGAAAAUGGCGCUACCGUACUCUGUGUACGAGCGAGUGUGUAAGCAAAUGCUCGUGCUAAAUGACGGUGGGUUUGCCCACCGAUUUCUGACGGUGCAGUGGAAUCUGAUGUGCCGAUCUCAGUCGGUCGAAACUAUUCACACCGGGCACAUGAGUAACGAAGACGACAGCAUCGGCUUCGUCUUUCAUAAGAGC